ACGCGAACUCGAGGAGCAUCAGACUGGAAAUAUUGCCGAGGGAUGCGGUGGAGCAGGGCCACGACGCGACGCUGCGCUGUCACUACGACCUCGAUGGCAAGCCCCUUUUCGCGCUCAAAUGGUACCGCGGCGAACAGGAGAUCUACAGGUACUUGCCCAGCCUGACGCCCGCCAUCAAAAUAUUCAACUACACCUGGAUCCAGAUAGAUCCUCAUAAUUCUACCGAAAAUCAAGUGGUGAUAAAAAACGUUGAUUUCCAACUUACUGGCAACUUCAGCUGCGAAACAACUACUGAUUCAGAGAGCUUUUACACGCAGAAGAGCUCGAAAUUUCUCACUGUUGUUUCCAUACCUAAGGAUAAGCCCGUGAUCAUGUCGGAGCGUGCCCACUACUCUCCCGGCGACACUCUCAAGGCGAACUGCAGCACGACGCCCUCCAAGCCGUUGGUCACCCUCUCUUUCACCCUUAACGGGGCUCAGGUGAAAGACACAGAGACGAAGCAGAGCCUGGAGAAGCACGACUACAGCGGAUACUCGGCCGGUGGCGGUCGCUCGCCUCGUCAGGGCAAACAGUGGAGCGAAAUAAGUCUUCAGCUGCAGCCGUUCCACUACACCAAACAGGGACACCUGAACCUCCUCUGCAUCGCCAAAAUCCCAAACAUCUACGAGCAGGCGAGCGAAGUCCUGCACCUCGGCACUGGAGUUGGCGACCCCGUGCCCGAGAGAGUGACAUCAAAGGUAGUGAGCAACAGUUGUCACAGGAUUGCCGAUCUCACGCUUGUCGCUCUUAUCAUAAUCAACCUACGUCAUCUAAGAUAGUCACAUAAACCACUUCAUUUUAGCAUUUAAAAAAUGCGAAAAAAUACGUAAACGUGCAGGUACGCGCCUCAUGCACACACACUUAAGUCAGUUUCCAUGCAGACAUAGACGGGACAGUAAAUUAAAAAAUCAAAUAAGCAAAGUUCCAUCUCUAACUUAUCUUUUUGAACUUUUGAGUUCUACAAUGUAAGGUCCACGAAAAUUAUUAGACCACCUCAUAGUCUAUAUCUGAUGUACGUAGUAAAUAAUGUACAUUUAUUAGUUUUGGCGCUAUUUGAUGUUUGACAUUGUUAAUAUCGAAGUUGAUACAAUACCUAAGAGGUUUGUUCACGUAUAUGAUGAAUAUAUGUAUACAAACGUCGACUGAACGUUGCAAGAGUAUAGGGUUAUAGGAGCAAGUAAGGGGGUAUAGGCAUGCAAGUGUAAAGUUACCUAAUUACAUAAAAAAUGAUAGAUAUGUUUAACGAAUUCUUGUUAUUACUCUCAACGUGUUACAGUGAUAAAAAUUGGGUGAUUAGCGAAAUUUACAUCACACCAGUUGAGAGCCUAGAAAAAUACAAACAACAAUAGUUGUAAUGUUACAGUAAUGUUGUAAAAUUACAACUGUUGUUACUUUAAUUUUUCUGGGCUCUCAACAAAUCUGCUGCGAAUUAAGCUAAUCUUCCAUAACUCAUCGCAUUUGUGUAAGACGCGGCAACAACGAAAGAAAUUUUUGACUGCAAAUAGUGCGUCGAUUUAUAACCUAUACAUAAAUAUAUACCUACCUGUUGUAUGAAAUUCUUCGUCAAAUUGACAUGAUGAAUUUUUAAUGUAUGUAUACUUUGUAUAUAUUGACUAAUAUACGUUAAGUGAACGUGUUUAUAAGAAUCUGAUGGGAUUAGAGUAAAAUGGCAUGCAUGGCAUCGGAGAGAUGUACCCAAACAUACUUACGCUCCAACAAAAUCGUAUUUGCGGCAAGCGUUAAAAAAAUUUGUAUCUAAGUUAGUUAGAUCCCAAUACCUGAAUCAGGUGUUGUCUAAUAAUGUAAUCACAUGAUUGUUACGUUGUCUUGUAAUAUGUGAUAAUCAAUCAAUAAGAAAGUUAUUAAUAUUACGUAGUUUAAUGAAAAAAUAAACAAAUAAAUAAAAAUUGAAAAAAAAUAAGCCGAAUGGUAGUUAAAUACAUUGUGGCAAACAUUUUUUUACUUUCCUACGUUAAUUAAAUUACAAAUCUUGGUUUAUCUUUCGUAUUAUUUACU